CCCAUUGUCCUUUGUCUCCUGGGAAUGUGUCAACGACAUGUCACAUCAGUCUCCUAACAAAAGCCCCAGUGCCAAAGGAAGGAGAGGUUGGCUUACCCGCUAUGACGAUAAGAUGCUCAGCAGAAAUAGACUGAAAGGAGUAUUUACAGAAGAACUGCUGGUGAUCAAUACUGAAGGCUUUGGCACAAGGACGUAUAUUGAAUUCCCAGACUAACAUCAAACCAUGGAUCCGUCUCUGUGAAGUCUAUCCCAGACGUGUCUCCUGCGUUGGGGCAGUAAUUAUGGCUCCCCACCACUCCCUGGGCUGCCUGUGGAUAAUGCUGGUGGUCACAUGUCUCCCUGGGGCUCUGGAGAAGUGCAUCUUUGAUGAGGUUCAGCAGUCAGUCACAGUGGUCACUACAUCCACUGAUCCACAGAGAGCUAACAGGAAGCUUAGGGAGCUGUCCCCGACCACACACCCUCCACAGCCAAUCAGGAUUCACACCUGGGUUCCGAGGGAGAGCCCCACCCUUUCUGAGGUGGAGAGAGAGAGGCUGGAGCCAUCAGUCAGGGAAGCUGUGGCCAUCGUGUCCAGCAUCCUGUCAGUGAACAGAGUCCCUGGCCGGUUUCUGCUCAGUAGAGACAUCUACAAAUACUGCAAAUUCCUCUGGAGGAACGCCACUGCUGUCAACUAUAACAGGUGUGGCCGAGCCAAUGAGAAGUACAGGAGUGAGACGUGCCUUGAUGUGGUUAUCCCAGAUGACCAUCUGAGUGGCUGUGCCGUUUACCCAGAGCCUAAUGCACCAACCGUGACGGUAUUAAGGUCAGAGGGGCCGGGGCUUCCUGACACAGACUUCCUGCUUUACCUGCACACACAGAGCACUGACAAGUGUCGAGCAGAGGUGAGAGGUCACUACAUAAUGUAAAGUCCACUGUUAAUCUGUUCAGUUAUGGUUCAUACUGAGGUGAGAGGUCACUAUAUAAUGUAAUGUCCACUGUUAAUCUGUUCAGUAAUGGUUCAUACAGAUCCAGGGUAAAAUAUCCAUACCGUACCCUCACCAAGAAUCGGGUAAUAUAAUCAAUAUAGUCAUUCAGAUUUUAAGGUAUUUUGCCUGUCAGUGUAUUAAUCCUUCCUGUUGACUGUUCACACAUCCCAGCCCAGUGUGUUGGCC